AUGUGGAGGAGCGCGGGUGAGGCGAACAAAGGCGGAGAGGCGGCGGUGGAGGAGCCGGGAGACGCGCGCGCGAGCGACGAGGAGACGACGGCGAUCGAAACGACGGCGACGAAGGAUGCGGAUGAGGCGAGCGAGGAUGCCGCGCGAGAGGUCGUGGAGACGUUUGAGAGUUUUACUGCGGAUGAGAAUGACGAUGAGGAACAGGUUGUGGUGGAGUCAGAGUCGACGCGGGCGGAGGAAGUCGCGGAGGACGAGGACGAGGACGAGUGGAGCGCGGCGUUGCGGCCUUCGAAACGCGCGACGGAGGAGGAAGCCACGGAGAUGGAACCGACGACGGCGGAUGAAAGUGAUGCGCACGUGCACGAUGAGGCGAUGCGUGCUAAUGCGGUCGCGCGCGCGUCGGAGAUCGCUGAUAUAUGGGCUGAGGAUUCGAUGGAUGACAUCGUCGUGGUGUCGCCGCCGCCUCAGCCGCGCGACCGGCCGCUGGACGAGCGGAGUGACGCGAGGGCAAAUCGCGACGGAGCCGCGGACGAGCGAGCUAAGGCAAUAAAUGAACUUCACACCGUGCGUCACGUGGUUUCGCCCGCAAAGCCGGUGUCAGCUCUGAAAGACGCGGAUGUCGAGGUGUGCAGACUCGAGUCGGCGUCUCCCGAGCGGCCAAUGAAAUCAGCCAUAAAGACGCCUCCGAUGGUUUCCCCGCGUCAGCCGAAACAAAUAGAAAACGAAGACGAUUUAGUAGCUGCGCUGCUAUCGCCAGGUCGAAUGAACGGUGCGCGUGUGACGUUUGAUGAACGUUUGAUGCGAACGCAACUGCCCACGCGAACCGCAGCAUCGCCAAAGACACCAACGGCGCCGAAGACCGUGGCGCACAAAGUACCGAUCGCGAACGGCGCGCCGAGGACACCAUCGAGCGCACAUCGUGGUGUGUUUGCAAAGAAGCUAUUCGCUGAACAAGUCAAGCCGUUUUCGAUGCCGACGAAGGCAGAGAUCGACGAGGCACGACAACUCGCGAUGAUGUACGAACGCGCGGAAGCAGUGUUCGCCAGUUGGACGUUUUAG